UUCAACAGUGACAUUCUCUUUGCAACUCUCCCACAUUGAACGCCAAUCCUCCUCUGACAAUUGUUUUGUUUUUCUCAUGGUAUCUUAUUGAUUUAUACUGUAUAUCCAUAAAAAACAAACCCCACAGAUAUGGAGUUGCCAUUUUUAAUAUAAGUCUCACAGCUAUGAACUCCUCAAAAGAUCUUAUAAGUGAACCCUGACCGUAAGUGUUGGUUUAUCCGUGUAAAAAUACACUGGAUUAUGUGUGAAAUGUGUUACAAAACCAAAAACAGGCCAAUCUUCUGAAAUCGUACAAGAUUAGACUUUUUUUUUUUUGCAAAAAAUGCAGUGUUUGAAAAACUUUUAUGAAAUGGCUGAAGUAUAAAUUAAAUCAAAGUAAUGGAUACAAUGUUAAGGCUUGAUCUGAUGUUUUUUCUUGUGGUAAAGAAACUUUGACUCAAUAUUACCAUAUCACAAAAAAUGCAAAGUUGCAUCUUUUGCAUGAUGAGGUGUUUGAACAGUGAAGUUGCAGUGAAUUUUUUUAUAUAACACACUAGUGUAAAAUCCCGCCAACAGAUUGUAUUGUUAAUUACAGACAAACACUGGUUAAAGACUAUCUGAUUAGAAAACUUAUUUGAUCCAAUGAGGAAACAGCCUGAUGAUUAACUUGAUGGUGUUAAGCAGUUUUCUCAUCUGUUUUAUGUCAUGUUUUAUGUUUUAUGUUACUCUAAAACUCUUGCUCUUUUCUUCUCCCUCAGCCUCUCCUCGGCGGGUUGGCAUGGCCCAGUGAUGAACGGAGCGGUGGUGCCCGGUAGCCCGGAGCUCUCCUCCUCGUGCCCACUGCCUGACUGGCGAGAGUUCUGUGAGCUCCACGCCCGAGCCUCCGCUGUGGACUUCGCUGACAAGUUCCAGCGCUUUCUGUCUGAAAACCCGUGCUACGAUUCACCUGGCGCUGAUGCAAGCUUCUCCCAGCACUUUGCCCACCAUUUCCUUGAGUGCUUCUCCUCAGCGCUGACCCAGGCCCGGGAAAACCAGGCCACGUCACCAGGGGAGGAGGGAUCCAGCUUGGCGCCAAAAUACAGCAUCGUUCCUUUCCUGGGAAUCCAGGGCUGCCCGCUGUCCUACGGCCACGACCUUUACCAGAGACGCAAGGACGCCGGGGCUUCCAGUGAGUCCCUGGACAGUAUGGACAGUGGAGGGGGAGGGAUAGAUGGGGGAGGCAAUGGCCCCACAAGAGGCCCCCAGACGGCCCACAAGGUGUCUGCUCUGGGACAAUCACGCAGCUCAGAGGACGUUUCAGUCAGCCACCCAAAGGCCCGCUUCAAAAAGGGUUUCUCCCUGAGGAACAUGAGUCUCUGUGUGGUGGACGGGGUGAAGGAGAUGUGGCACAGACGGGCCUCCCCUGAACCUGAUGGUCCCUCUGGGGCCAGAAAGGCUAAUGGAGCAAUAGGUGGUGGGGGAGGAGGUGGUGGUGAGGCUGCAGGGGGGGAGAAGUGGUCCCAAAAGCUGCGGCUCCCCAGGGGUUCACAGGGACAUAAGGCAGAGAUGUUGGAGAUCCAGAGGGAGGGAGCACUCAGGUACAUGGUGGCUGACGACACAAACUGUAUGGGAGCCGCACAGUGGCAGAAGUGUCGCCUGCUGCUGAGGAAGACCAAGAGGGACGAGGGAGGGGAGAGGUUCCUGCUGGAGUUCUACGUACCACCCAAGUCUUCAAAACCCAAAGUGAGCAUCCCUCUGUCGGCCAUCGUAGAAGUGAGGACCACCAUGCCGCUGGAGAUGCCUGACAAGGACAACACUUUUGUUCUUAAGGUGGAAAACGGGGGAGAGUACAUCCUGGAAACCAUCGACUCACUGCAAAAAAACUCCUGGGUUGCUGACAUCCAGGACUGCAUAGACCCUGGUGACAGUGGCGAUGACAUCGAGUUGGCAUCAUGUCCUCAUGGUCAGGCCUCCAAAGACUGCUCCAUGGUGGCCUCCUGCAGCUGUGAGCUACUGUCUGAGGGUGUUUAUCGUGCUCCAGAGAGGUCGUGUCCUACAGCAGCCGAGCAUUACAGUGCCCCUUCAGUCCGUUGCAGGGAACCCCCUUUCACUCAGCACCCAUCCCACAUGCCUUUAGAGCGCUUCCUCCAGUCCCCUGAGGCCCAAAGCUCCAACUCCUCUGCAGCUGGCAGUGAGGGAGUAAAAGAGUCUGAUGGAGAUGCCAGCCUGGCGGGUUACCCAUGGUUCCAUGGUACUCUGUCCCGAGUGCGUGCAGCUCAGUUGGUGCUAGCAGGCGGGGCCAGGAGCCAUGGGCUCUUCGUGAUACGCCAGAGCGAAACUCGGCCGGGGGAGUACGUCCUUACCUUCAACUUUCAGGGCAAAGCCAAGCAUUUGCGUUUGUCGGUGAACGAGAACGGGCAGUGCCACGUCCACCACCUGUGGUUUCACACGGUGUCAGACAUGUUGAGACACUUCCACGCUCACCCCAUCCCCCUCGAAUCUGGAGGCUCUGCAGACAUCACGUUACGCUCCUACGUACAAGUGCAGCGGAGCUCCACCACAGACGGGACUGCGCCUCCAGUCCUCACCCCACCCAGGGAUGCGGCAGCCUGCCGGACAGAUCCAGCCCAGCCGGCUCUCCACCCUGCUGGGAUCCCCGCGCCUGCAGGGCCCCCUCCUGAUGCCCCGCUCUCCUCCAGCACCUCCUCCUCGCCCACUGCCCUCCCUUCUCUCUCCCGCAGUGACCCGGGUCCUGGAGGAGGAGGAGUGGUAGGAGGGGGGUUACAGAGCCGGAGCAACAGCUCUGAACGCCUGCUGGAGGCCUCUAGUGGCGCAUCUGAGGACUACCAUGAUGCUGAUGGGACUCGCAGGGCCCGGGCAGUGGAGAACCAGUACUCUUUCUACUAAAGCAGCACAGGGCAGGGUUCAGCCAUGUAGUUUUAUGGAUUUGAAUGAUGCAAAAAAAAGUUGGUGGUCACAUGGGAUGCUCUCCAUGGUCCAAAUCACUGGAUCAUGUAUUGUUUUUGCUCUGAGGCAGUUUUCAUGUUUAUCUUAUUUAAGAAUAGAGGUUUUACUGAUCAUGCUGAUAAAUCGCUCAGGCUCUGCAGCUUUAAACUCACUUGUCAAGAAUGUAAGGAGAACAAAGAAGAAAUUUCAGAUGAUGCAGCAGUGAAGAGAAGCGUAGGAGGCGAACGCAGGAGGAAGUCAUUCAGCAGAGUCAUAUGGCUUUGAUUCACUUCUUCCAACCACUUCCUGUUCCCCAUUACCCAGAGUUCCCUGGGAGCAGAGUGUGUCACCACCCUGCUGAAGGGUUGAGAGUUUGAAAUGACCCUGAAGAAACAGUCCCUCCUCUCAGUGCUCCCAAGAGCAUCCCAUUAAUGUUUGUAAAGCUGCUUUGAGUCUGUCCCGGAUAUCCUCGCUGUCCCUGCAGGGUUUCCCUACAAAGUCCAGCUCCGGGUCGGCUCUGCUCUAACAUCAGUACAGUAAUCAUGGGUGUGUUAGUGCUAGAUCGGAGAUGUUUUGCUUAAAUACCCGCAGCCUAAAGGGUCUCCUUGCCUGACACUACAGUGGACUUAAGCUUGCUCACAGCGAGGAGGAGGAUAAUGUUGGCAUCUCACAUAAUCAGAAAAGCCCAAAAAUGAAAAGCAGGUGAUAACCAUCAGUUCCCAAACAUGCAUAUUUCUUUGUCUUAUUCUCAUGGUAUUAUUAAUGGCUUUUUUUGUGUUACAAAUCAGCUGAAAAUGGAUGAUGAACAGCACAAGGUCAGUUUGUGUGAGUAUGACAAGGUGGCUCCCAUUUGCUCUCCCAGUGGAUUAUUUCUCUGACUGUGUGAUGGUGUAAUAGAGUCCAAAUAUUUUUCAGUCAUAGGUGUGAUACAGUAGUGUUUCUACAACAGGGUUUUCAGGGUCCCUCCGUCUGGUGCUGGUUCUGUAUACAAGCUUAUCAUAUCAAUAACCUGUAGAUUAGAUAUGCUGUUAAAAUAGGAGUUCAAUGCCUUUAAGAUAUUAAUAUACCAAAUCCAGCAUUUAUCGGAGGGACUAGGGGCUUGACUUUAGAAAGGUGGGUACUGUUUAUUGACCCUGGUGUGGACUGGAAUGGUAGGAGGUUGUAAAGGAUACUACAUUACCAUGCUUGAUUAGAAAGAUGUUUAAGUGAUGCUUUCCUUUAUGCUUAUAAGUGAUUUAUCACCUAUGAUUACAAAGUAUUUCCCAAGUGCCAUUAAACAGAGCAGGGACUUUUUAACAGCUUUCCUAAACAAACUGGUUUCAUUUUGGAUACUUACAUUAUUUUACUUUUCACACAGAAACUAAAUUAUUUCUCAGAAACUACCAGGGUCUAAAUUAUUAUUCCCCUGAUGCUAAUAGUCAGUUGUGUCUCAAAUAACUGCUGCCUGUAGUCAUUUGUUGUUGUUUUCUUCAAGUCUCAGACUCGUCUCCUGAGGAAUCCCAGACCAUUCUUCUUUGUCCAAUCUCUCAGACUCCUCCAGAUUUGAUGGUCUUCUGGCAUGGACCUUGGUCUUCAGUUCACCCCGCAGAUUUUAAAUGAAAUUAAAGUCAGGGCUUUGUGCAGACCAGUCAGUAACAUUGACUUUGGUCUUUGGAAGGUAGUUCUUCAUCAGGAGUUGGGUUGUUGAUGUGACUGAGGACAAAGCGGUGACCCAGACCCAGUUUUGCUGCUAACUGCUUGAGGUUUACUUUCAGAAUCUUCACAUAUCCUUCUUUCUUCAUGAUUCCUCCCACCUUUAUGAAAUUCUGGUUCUAGAUGUGCUGAAGCAUCCUCACAGUAUAAUACUCCCACUGCUGUGUUUCACUGUUUGGAUGGUGUUCUUUGGGUGAUACACCUCUCCCUUCCUUCUCCAAACAUAAGUAACAUCUCUAUGGACAAAGAUCUCUAGUUUGGUCUCACCUGACCAAAGGACUUGCUACCAGUAGAAAGUAAUCUUUCUCCAGGUUGUCCUCAGCACACUUUAGUCUGGCUUAUAAAGGUGUCUCUUCUACAGAAGUGGAGUUUUCUAGAUCCAUUCUUGUGCAGGGCUCUAGUGACUGUCCUCUUUGAGACUACGACUCCUGACUUUGUUAAGUCAUUAAGUUUUCUUUCCAGAAUUUGAAAUCUUUCUCUUCCUACCUCUGCCAGGCUUGUUCUGGACAAUGUGGCUCUCUUUGAAUUUCUUGUUAAUAAUUCUCACUCCAAAUCUUGACACAAACGCUGUGAUAACUUUGGAGAUCCUCCUGCUUUGUGAACAUCAACAAUUCGUUUUCUUAGGUCUAAACUGAUUUGUUUUUGCCAGUCAUACUUUCUCAGUGACAGCUCAAACUCUUACUGUGUGUAAAUUGGAAGAUAACUCUUAGUUUUAACUUGAUUUUAGGAGCUUUGAGCUGUACGAAGUUAAAGCAAUCCAUUGCACGACAGUGGUUUGUGUUAUGGCUUGACAAAAAGGUCAUUUCUGAAGGGGGCUAAUAAUUUAGACCUUGGUUGUUUUUGUUUUUUGUGAAACAGUUUUGUUUCUGUGUGCAAAGUAAAAUAAUUUAAGCAGAAACAACAGGACGUUUGGAAAAGCUGUGUUAAAA